AUGAUAGAUACACAAAAAUAAUUGGGCAAAGGAAAUUGCGGUACUGUUUACUUGGGAUUUUAUGCUAAAGUAACAGGGAAUGAAAAAAUCUUUUUAGCCAUAAAGGAAAUUCCUGUAAAAGCUUCUUCUCCUGAAGUAACAGUGUCACUUUUACAAGAAAUCAAUGUUUUAAGAAAAAUAACUCAUUUAAACAUUGUAGGUUUUAUAGAUGCAAAAAAAAAUGAAGAGUUUAUGUAUUUGGUUACAGAAUACUGUAAUUAAGGUGCUUUGGAUGAUUUUAUUUUGAAUCAUAAUCUUUCAGAAGAAGUUGUUGUUGUGUUCUUUAGAUAAAUUGCUUCAGCAUUCAAAUAUUUAGUUAGUUAAAAGAUUAUACAUAGAGAUAUUAAACUAUAAAACUUAUUAUUGAAUAAUGGAUAAGUAAAGGUUGCUGAUUUUGGUUUAGCUAAAGUUAUGGAUUAAUCAAAUCAGAGUGGAAAAUUUUAGACUUUUAGUGGCACACUAGUUUUCAUGUCUCCACAAAUAAUUAAAUAAGAAUCUUAUAAUAGUUUAAGUGAUAUGUGGUCUUUGGGAGUUACAUUCUAUUUUAUGUUAUUUAGAGAAUAUCCAUGGGAAGAAGUCAACCCUUUAAAAUUAUUAAAGAAAAUUUAAUAAAAAGGUAUUCAACUAAUUAAUUGUUUAAAGUUGAUAAUCUAAUUCUUGAAGGAUGUACAUUAUCAGAACCAACUAAAGAUCUUUUAAAAAGAAUGCUUGUUAUUGAUGAAAAUAGCAGAAUUUCAUGGUAGGAAUUCUUCAAUCAUAAAGCUAUAAAAAUUGAAUAAGAUCCUAUAUAUAUAUUAUCAACAUAAGAUUCAGUUGAAGAUUUGACUUUAAAUAAUUUUGUAAUUUAAAGUGGAAGUCUAAGUUUAUCAGACAAAGAAUAGGAUGAAAUAUAAGAAUAUGGAAGAAUAUAGACAUUGUAAAUCUAAAAGUUAUUAAUAGAAAUUAUUUGGCUCAUUAAAAUAUUUUGAAUAGAGCUAGAAAAGCAAAAUAUCAAGUAGCCAAGGAAUUGGAAAGUUAAAAAAAAACUGAUUCAGCAAAUUUGAUACCUGAAGAUUUAUAUAUCAAGUCUAUGUUUUUACUUUACAAAAGGAUUUAUUUUGUUUAUCAUCCAUAAAUUAGAUGCUUUUGUUUGAUUGCAAUGAAGCAGGUAUCAUAGAGAUUGAUCCACAGGAUUGGCUAGAAUUAAUGACUUCUGAAUAUCAUUAAAAUGAUUUGUAAAAAAUAAGAUAGAGUACUUAAAGAGAUUUUGAUAUCUCUAGGAAAGAAUUCAUAAAAUGGAAAGACUAAUUAUAUGAUGCUUAAUUUCAAUUAAAAAAGUUCUCUAUUACAGAAAGAGGAGAUGCUUAUAAAGAUAGCAGUAUAGAAGAAAAUGAAUACUUGAUUAUGGCAAUAAAUGAUAAUUUUAAAGAAUUGUUUUUAAUUUUAGCUUAACAACUAGAACCAAUAUAUUAAUAAAUUUUAGAAACUUAAAAACCUAUUAAUAAACACCAAAUAUACAAUGAAAAGAAAAUUGAUACGAUAUUUGUCUAUGAUCUUAUAAUAUUUUUAUGUUUCAGAAAUAUUGUUAAAAAACCAUAAAUGGAUUGCUGUAUAUAGAUAAAUUUUCAGAAAUAUUACGAAGAUAGGAAAAGAAUUGAGGAAAUAGAAAUUUUAUAUAGAAUUUAAAAGUAGUAUUAAGCUUGGAAACAACAUUGA